AUGCAAGAAAAGUUGUCCUUGACGAGGGAGUACUGGGGUGUAAAACCCCCAGCCGGUGUGUAUCUUCCAACAGCAGCUGAAAUCUUGAAGAUGUGCACUGCGGAUGAUAAACACCCGGCUGCACUCGCAUUUCCCUCAGAAGCGCCGGUAUUCUGGAUUAAAUAUGGCUUUGCAGUGGAGUGGAACGAGGUCCUGGCCCAGGCCAUGGCACAUCGUGAACUCCUGAAACUACGCUCCCAUGCUCGGGUACCAGCAAUCUUUUAUGCGUUUGAGGCGGGUAGAAAGGUAUACAUUGUCAUGGAAUAUAUCCCAGGACGGUCCGGGAGCCAGAUCCUAGAAAGCGCCUCAGAACCCGCAGAAAGGGAGGCAGUCCACCGGCAGGUAGCUUUCAUGGUCCAAGAACUUCUACGAAUACCAAUUUCACCCAAUGCUCGUCCUGCUGCCAUCGAUGGAGGAAAAUUUACACAUCUCAUCUUUCGUGAUUACAGAGCUAGUCGACAUUAUCACAAUGUAGAUCAGCUCGAGCAACAUUUCAAUCUGUUCAUGAAAAUGGCGAAACGCGAACCGAAAAUCCAAGGACUAUCCCGCGAGCCUCUGGUAUUUAGCCACCCCGAUAUCUGGCCUGGCAACAUAAUUAUUGGUGAUGACGGCCGUACCACUAUCAUCGACUUUGCAGGGUCAAGCAUCCUCCCUUCUAGCUUUGUCAAAUAUUCGCUCUCUUCAUCAAAGAAAGAUCGCGAGUACAAUCUGAUGACUUGGGUUGACUUGCCUUGCCCUGAUGGGAUUGAUAACGUCAAGGCGUUAUGGGCCAUUUCAGACCCAAUGAUCAUGGGUACAGCCUCCUUUGCGAGGGCGGGCUGGCGAGUGCCUGGGUAUGGAGAUCCAGUACCUGAACAAGUAGCUUCGUAG